AUGAAUGAACAGAAAAACGAACCAGAACAGAAAAACGAACCAGAACAGAAAAACGAACCAGAACAGGAAAACGAACCAGAACAGGAAAACGAACCAGAACAGGAAAACGAACCAGAACCGGAAAAGGAACCAGAACCAGAAAACGAACCACAGCAGCAACCAGGAUUAGUUGGAUUUCCUAAUAUGCUCCCAUAUCCUUAUCCAAGUAGAAGGCCAAUACCAUCAAACAUAGAAUUGCUCAAAAGGAUAUUUCCAGAAGAAGAUGUCUUAAAUCUACAGCAGUUACUGUAUGAUUGCUCUGGUAACCUCUUACACGCCAUGCAGUUUAUUGAUAGGUCAAGGGCAAUGAGAAGGAACUUGUUACAUUCAACAAUGGGAAGAAACAGCAAUGAGGCAUUGCAACCCAAUAGAGAGCAAGCUGGGAUGGUUAAUGGAAUGCAGAAUGGAAUGCACACUGACAGCGAAAUGCACAGUGGAUCAGAGGUAACACAAUCACCAAGCUCUAAUGACCGAGAAACAUGGUAUAUUUGUACCAUUUGUCUCCACAUAAACAAUGCUACCACAAGAUGUGAGAAGUGUCAAAGCAUAAGAAAGAGAAGUUUAAGUAGAUGAUAUAGCAGAAAUAUCCAAGACAAUCAACAUGUUA